UGGAAGCCGCGUGCUGGCGUUCCCCGUCACUCCUCGAGUAGCCUUCCUGAGAUACGAAAUCGAAAAGCGUGGCGCAUGAUGGCGGAAGCUUACCACAACAAUCCCGCUGUCUCCAAGAUAGGUCAGCGCUUUGGUCCCUAUCAGGUCGGCGACACCAUCGGCCGUGGCACCUUCGCCAAAGUAAAGAUUGGCUACCACGAAACGACCAAGGUCCGCGUAGCGCUCAAGAUUAUAUCACGCAAGCUGAUGGACAGCGACGCGCGUUCGGCGCUGAAGAUCAAGCGCGAGAUCAAGAUCAUGCGGGUGCUGCGCCAUCCGCAUAUUACUCGGCUCUACGAUGUCGUCAAGACAAAGCAUGACAUUGUGUUGGUCAUGGAGUACGUGUCUGGCGGUGAGCUAUUUGACUACGUUACCCACAAGGGUCGACUAGAGGAGCCGACUGCGCGCGCCCUAUUUCAGCAGUUAACCGCCGCUGUCGCCUACUGCCAUCGCUACCGGGUCACACAUCGUGACAUCAAGCCAGAGAACAUCAUGAUGGAGCACGGCUGCCGCAGCGUGAAGUUGAGCGACUUCGGACUAUCCUCCAUCACUCAUGACGGGCGCUUCUUCGAGACGAGCUGCGGCACACCCAACUACGCGUCCCCGGAAGUGGUAAGUGGGCGACUCUACGGCGGGCCAGAGGCGGAUGUGUGGAGCUGCGGCGUCGUGCUCUAUGCCAUGCUCUGCGGCACUCUGCCCUUCGACGACAGCAACAUUGCUUUCCUUUUCAAGAAGAUCCAGACGGCGGACUACGCUAUCCCUAGCCACGUCUCCCCGCAGGCACAGGACCUGCUGCAUCGCGUGCUGGUCGUGAACCCGCUGGAGCGGGCCACCAUGGAGCAGGUGAUGCAGCACCCGUGGCUGCGGCCCAACUUUCCCCGCUACCUGUUGUCGUUGCACUAUGCCGCUAUCGUGGAGACGACACGCUUCGCGAGCACCUACUACCUCACGGAGGACAUGCUGGAUGACGAGGUUUUGAACGUUGUCGCCUCCCGCUUCCGUGUCUCCCCGCAGGAGGUGGCGUCAAUCAUUAUGUCGGAGGAAGAGCGCAUCCCGUCGAUGCGGGCCGUCAUUAGCGACGAGGACAACCCGAACUCCAUGGCGCGUCGCUACCCCGCCGCGAACUACUUUGAGAUGUACUCAAACGUAUUAGACUCGAAGCUGUGGCCCACGCCGGUGGAGAUCGCCGCGGCCGAGGUGGCCCUGCGCGACGAGGCUCAUGACAUCUACGUUUCCUACGUUAUUCUGACGCAGAAGAAGCAGAACAAGCUGGCUCCGCAAGAGCACACCGCAAACCCGUCGUUUGGAGAGAGUGCCAACUCUCUACUUCAGUCGCAGGCCCAGCAAGGCUACGGCUCCCUCAACGCGAACUCGUUGCAGCAGCUCACCGGCAACAGCAGCUACACCGGCCUCAGCUUCAA